ACCUCUCCCACUCAUCCCCCUCCACCCUGGAUUCUGGAGGUCGGGCGCUGAGAGUAAGAACGGGGUAGCGGAGGGAGCAGUCUGUGGGGGCACGUCCGGAUAAAUAUGGGGCCAAAGUUGGAGGGCUCUCCAUGAAGAAGGGAUGGUCAGUGGCCGAGGCCGGGAUCUCUGAGAUUCAGAGGCCGCAGAAGGCGGCGCCCUGCGCCCGGGAGACGGCGCGCUCCGCCCGGCCGUGCGCCCUCCCCUCCCACCGUCUUCUUUCCUCCUCGUAGCCCGACGUGGGGAUGCUGUCCUUGCUGCUCUGCGGCGUGUCCAUCGCUCUUCUACCUGUUAUCAGAGCAGAUGAAUGCGACAUCAUUAGUGUGCAAGACGAGACGCCUGCAGUAGGCCAGCCUUUUGCUUUCAAUUGCACAUACCCUCCGCUAACAUCUGGGAAAGUAUAUGUAACAUGGUACAAAUAUCCUAGCAAUAUCCCAGUAUCUAAAAACACGCAGUCUAGAAUUCACCAGGACCAAAACUGGAUUUUGUUUCUCCCCCUGGCGUGGGAGGACUCUGGGAUCUACCAGUGUGUUAUCAACAAUACAGACACCUGUCACAGAAUACACGUAAACCUCACUGUGUUUAAAAAAUAUUGGUGCGGUGCUUCCAGAAACAGUCGACCGUAUUCAUUAGACGAGUACCAACAGAUAUUACAUGUUGGAAAAGAUGACAGUCUUACAUGUCAUCUGAACUUCCCGAAGAGUUGUGUUUUGGAUUCAAUAAAGUGGUACAAGGACUGUAAAGAGAUUGAAGGAGAGCGGUUUGCUUCUUGGGGCAUAAAGCUUUCGGUGAACAAUGUCUCAGCAGAGGACAGAGGGAACUAUGCAUGUCAAGCCAGACUGACACACACAGGGAAACAGUACACUGUUUUAAACAGUAUUACUGUAAAUGUCACAGAAAAAGUUGGAAAUGGAAGAAGAAUCCCUAAAAUCAUUUAUCCAAAAAACAAUUCAAUUGAAGUACAACUUGGCUCCACUCUUAUUGUAGACUGCAACAUAACAGACACGAGGGAGAAUACAAAUCUACGGUGUUGGAGAGUCAACGACACUUUGGUGGACAUUUACUACAGUGAUUCCAAACGAAUCCAAGAAGGAAUCGAAUCCCACAUUUCUUUUCAGGACCAUAAUUUUUACACAGUGAACAUAACCUUCUUAGAAGUGAAAAUGGAAGAUUAUGGCCAUCCUUUCAUGUGCCAUGCUGGAGUGUCUGCUGCAUACUUCACGUUAAAACUCCCAGUUCCAGAUUUUCGAGCUUACUUGAUAGGAGGGCUUCUCGCCUUGACAGGUGCAGCAGUGUCUGCUGUGUGCAUCUACAGCAUUUUUAAGAUCGACAUUGUACUUUGGUAUCGAAGCGCCUUCCAUUCUACUGGGAGCAUAGAAGAUGGGAAGCUGUAUGACGCCUAUGUCUUAUACCCCAAGCCUCAAGGAGAAAGGCCGAGCCAUGACGUGGACACACUGGUGUUGAAAAUCCUGCCGGAGGUGCUGGAGAGGCAGUGUGGAUAUAGGUUGUUUAUAUUUGGCAGGGACGAAUUUCCUGGACAAGCUGUGGCCAAUGUCAUCGAUGACAACAUUAAGCUGUGCAGGAGACUGAUCAUCAUCAUAGUUCCCGAAUCGCUGAGCCUUGACCUAUUAAAGAACAUGUCGGAGGAACAAAUCGCAGUCUACAAUGCUCUCAUCCAGGACGGGAUGAAGGUCAUUCUAAUUGAACUGGAGAAAGUCAAGGACUAUACAGCCAUGCCAGAGUCAAUUCAGUACAUCAGACAGAAGCAUGGCGCCAUCCAGUGGAGUGGGGACUUCACAGAGCAGUCGCAGUGUGCAAAGACCAAGUUCUGGAAAAAAGUGAGAUACCACAUGCCACCCAAAAGGUAUCCACCAUCUUCUUCUGUCCAGCUGCUGAAGCACACGCCCUGUGACCUCACGGCUGGCAAGUGGGAGGCCAGCGUGGGGUUCAUCACACCAUGAUGGAGAGUUUGUCAUCACAGGGUGGCUCACAGUUGGACAAGGAUGCAUUCCAUUUGGGAUGUCUGCGUGAAGCUUGCCAUUGUGUACCUGUGAGAGGGCCUGUGUUGGUUUGCUUGUUUUGAUGAGAGCUGCUUCUUUAGAGAAAGACAUCACCUCCGCAGCAG